AUGUGGCGCUCACUAGCUUUGGUUUCGGCGUUCGCCCUUCCGUCUCUUCAAACCGCAGUGCCGAAAAAGCUCGCGCCCUUGAAGUUUGCCAAGGAUGGCACUUUCCAGAUCGCAAUUCUGGAAGAUCUGCACUUCGGCGAAAAUGCUUGGGAUACAUGGGGACCUGAACAGGAUGUUAACUCGGUCACGGUGAUUAAUCGAGUUCUCAAUGCCGAGUCCCCGGACUUGGUGGUUCUCAAUGGUGAUUUAAUCACUGGCGAAAACGCCUUCCUGCACAACAGCACGGUCUAUGUCGAUGAGAUUGUUGGUCCUCUCGUAGACCGCGGAUUGACCUGGGCAUCUACCUAUGGAAAUCACGAUAGUCAAUACAAUCUCUCGCGCGAGGCGAUCCUCGAGCGCGAGCAUCACUGGCUUAACUCCCGCACACAAAAGAUGGUAUCUGGUCGCGAAGUAGGUGUGACGAACUACUACCUUCCUGUUUAUGGAUCAAAUGACGGCGGUUAUGCAGGCGCACCCGAAAUGCUUCUAUGGUUCUUCGAUAGCCGAGGCGGCUAUUACUUCCAGGAACUCGAUUCCUCUGGGAACCAGAUUGCACAACCGAAUUGGGUGGAUAUCCACGUUGUUGACUGGUUCAAGAAGACGAAUGCCGAGCUUGUGAAGAAAUAUCGCAAGGAUAUCCCAUCACUUGUAUUCGUACAUAUCCCCACGAAUGCGUCUUUGGCUGCUCAGACUGAAAUUGGCAUCAACGAACACCGCGAGCCGGGUAUUAAUGAUGAUUAUACCCUGGCCCAGCAGGGCGAAGGGUGGUGUUCUGAUGGUGCUUAUGACGGAUCCUGUACAUAUGGUGGACAAGAUGUGCCCUUCAUGAAGGCUCUUGUGGACACACCUGGUAUUCUAGGUGUCUUUUCUGGCCAUGAUCAUGGAGACACGUGGUGCUAUAAAUGGAGUGGUCUGAUUCCUGGUAUGGACGUCAAGGGGAAUGGGCUAAAUCUCUGUUUCGGACAACACUCUGGGUAUGGCGGAUAUGGAAGCUGGAUACGUGGAUCCAGGCAGAUUCUGGUGAGUGAGUCUAAGUUGAAAGAGAAGCUUCUUGAUACUUGGAUUCGACUGGAAUCAAAUGAGACUGUUGGAGCUGUUUCCUUGAAUGCGACAUAUGGUGAGGAUAUCUAUCCUGCAACUCCUGACUUGCUUUCGUCUUGUCCAACAUGUGACUAUACUCUUGACUCCUGA